AUGGUGGACAAGGUUUUCCAGAAGGUGUUCAUUUUCCUUGUCCUAACUUUCGUUCUUGGAUGUCUUCUUUCUGGGGCAUUCUACAAGUGGCAAACAAAAACAAUGAUUCCUAAGGAAGAUUGGCUGAUGAGUCAAGUCUAUCGCAAAGACAUACUGAACUCCACCUGCCUGAUGAACAACCUUUCUCAUUCACAAAGCAAACUGAAACAUAAUGUUGCAAGACAGAUCUUUGUGGAGCAUAACCACAAGUUCAUCUACUGUGAGGUGCCUAAGGUGGGCUGCUCCAAUUGGAAGAAAAUCAUCCUUCUUCUCACAAUGAACCUGAGCAGAAAGGCUAAUGAAGUGCAACAGAACCUCAUCCACCGUACCCCACUGAUAAAGAGGCUGAGUUCUUACCCUUCUGACUACCAGAAGGAGUUGCUGACCAGUUACACCAAAGUGAUGUUCACCAGAGAUCCCCUGGAACGGUUGGUUUCAGCUUACAGAGACAAGCUUCUGCACUCUGAGCCAUACUAUAGUAUCACUGUGGCAAAUGAGAUGAAGGCCAUGUUCAGGAAAAACAAAAAUUCAACUGAAAAGGUCACUUUCCAGGAGUUUGUUAACUUUAUUCUGUCAAAAAACCAAGAACAUUUGGAUAUUCAUUGGAAACCAAUGUUUCUACUCUGUGAUCCUUGCAACAUUCACUAUGACAUCCUGGGGAAGUUUGAGACCUUGGAGCAAGAUUCUGAUCAUGUUCUCAGGAACAUUGGAGCCCCAGAGGAUUUGCAGUACCCUAACUUUAAGACACAUAGCUCAGAGAAACGUACUAAUGAUGAAAUCACCCUGGAAUAUCUCAGAAAGCUGAGCUCAGAGCAAAUUGAAAAGAUCAAGAAGCUGUACCAGAUGGAUUUUGCCUUAUUCAACUAUCCUUAUGAUUUGAAAAUGAACUUUUACAAGACUGAUACAGUAUGA